AUGACUGUAAUCCUCCCAGUCGCAUAUUGCAAGCUCUCAAAUGUAUUUCUCAUCUGCUUGAGCUUUGCUUCAUUAUUCUUUCAAGUUGCAACAUGUCUUGCUGUCGAUCAUCUACCUAAAGAUGCCCUCAAUGAUCUUAUCAAGAGAGUCGAUGAUUCGGGUUCUGGUGAUCUAUACGAUCUCGGUGUUGGCAAGGCCGACAUAACCGGCCCUGUAGUCGAGCUCAAUCUGAUGGGAUAUGCCGAACUCUCUCAGAAAGGAACUGGCUUACGUCAACGACUUUACUCGCGAGCUUUUAUCAUCGGAAACCCAGAUGAACCUGAAUCGCGAUUCGUUUACCUGGUCUUGGAUACUCAGUCUGGUGACACAGCUAUUCGCAGAGGUGUUCUCGAGGGUCUCGCAGCUCUUGGGUCCGAGUAUGCAGUUUACACCGCCAACAAUGUGGGAAUUACUGGGACGCACUCUCAUGCUGGGCCAGCAGGUUGGAACAACUAUCUCAUGCCACAGAUCUCCGCUUUGGGACUGAACCAGCAGUCUUAUCAAGCCGUAGUUGAUGGCGCCGUUCUAUCGGUCAAGCGAGCGCAUGAGAAGCUCGCCAAAGGACGUCUCAGCGUUGGCAAGAUACGCGUAGAUGAUGUCACUAUCAACAGAAGUCUCUAUGCUUAUCAGAAAAACCCUGAAUCGGAGAGGGCAAAGUAUGAGGAUGAGGUUGAUAAGGAGUUGACUAUGCUCAUGUUCAAGCGAGAGGAAGACAAAAAGGUCACAGGAGUCUUGAGUUGGCACUCUAUCCAUGGUACAAGUCUCCACAUGAACAACACCCUUGUGGCAGGCGACAACAAAGGUGUUAGUGCCUAUUUACUUGAAACUGCCAUCCAGGGCACCAAAGGAGCUUCUGAAGACUUUGUGGCGGGGUUCUCCCAGGCUGCUGUGGCAGAUACGACGCCAAACGUUGAGGGUGCCUGGUGUGAAGACGGCUCUGGAGAGAAAUGUGAUUUCAAGGAUUCAACAUGUGGUGGCAAGACAGAAACCUGUCACGGUCGAGGUCCUUUCUGGGGCUUGAAUGAUGGAGGGACUAAAUCCUGCUGGGAGAUUGGUCGACGUGUGUUCAACCAGGCAGCCAAGUUGUACGACCAAAUGCAAGCUGGCAGUGGUGUCGUGGUGUCUGGGAACAGUGUUCUGGGGUACCAUUCAUUCCAUAAUAUGGCCAACUACACUUUCCAGUUGCCCAAUGGCAAAAAUGUCAAGACAUGCUCGGCAGCGUUUGGAUACUCAUUCGCCGCUGGCACAACUGACGGCCCUGGGUAUUUCGACUUCAAGCAGGCAGACUCUGGGGAUCCUGAUGCGAGCCCGCUUUGGGCUGUGGUAUCUAAGUUUCUGCGCAAUCCUACCAAGGAGCAAGUCGCUUGCCAAUCACCAAAGCCGAUUUUGAUCGACGCUGGCGAGAUCACACUACCGUACGCUUGGGCUCCCAACAUUGUCGACGUCCAGAUGCUUCGUGUGGGGAAUCUCUUCAUCAUCGUGUCUGCGCCUGAGCUUACAACCAUGUCUUCAAGACGUUGGCGUAAGAGCGUAAGUGAUGAGAUCGAGGGCAGAGGUGGGCUUGGCAGUGGUGUCAAACCUAUUGUUGUAGCGGGUGGACCGGGCAAUACUUAUGCGCACUACGUUACUACGCCCGAAGAGUAUGAUGCGCAGCGCUAUGAAGGUGGAUCAACGGUCCAUGGAAGACAUAGCCUCGACGCUUACAUCAAUUUGACAUCAACCUAUCUCGGCUAUCUGCUCGGCGAGAAAGAUGCCAAGAAACCCCCGACUGGUCCUGCGGCCCCUGAUAACCGCAAGAACUCAAUCUCCCUCGUCACCGGCGUGGUCUAUGAUAAUCCCAAGGUCGGAACGAAGUUUGGUGACAUCAUAAAGGAUGUUGCAAGGUCAAAGUUCAAGAUUGGAGACACUAUCAAUGCCACGUUCGUGGGAGCGAAUCCGCGCAACAACCUUCGUCUCGAAUCUACAUACGUCGUGGUAGAGAAGAAGGACGGUUCGGAAUGGACCCAAGUUCGCACAGAUGAAGAUUGGGAUCUCGUCUUUGAAUGGAAACGCCUUGACGGUCUGCUUGGAUCAAGUGAGGUUUAUGUCUCCUGGGAAACCGGCUGGCAGGAUGCUAAGGCUAUCCAGGCUGGGACAUACAGAUUGAGCUACUACGGAGACAGCAAGGCCCCCAUUACUGGAAAGAUUACUGGGUUCACUGGUAGGAGCAGCUCAUUUGACAUUGUUUAG